AUGAUUCCAUCGAUCGCAUCUCGGCUGGAUAUAUUAGCCGAUAUGGCUGAUCAAAUGGAACAAAAUGAAGAAAAUACAAAUGUAAAUCCACAACAAUUAUUUUUACAAUAUUUAUUUCAAUCAUUACAAAAACAACAACAGCAACAACAAAAACAAACUGAUGAACCCAUUGAUUUUUCUACUAAAAUAACUGAACAAUCUUCCUUAUCCAUCCAAAAUAAACAUAAUCAAGUCACACAUCCAUUUAGUUCUUAUUUAUCAUCAAUAUCAGAUAAUUCAAAUACAGAUAUUUUAAAACAAUUUAACAGACAUAAACAAGAUCUAUCUAUUCCAUUGAAGAAACGUAGCAGAUCAAAUACAUCAACACCACCACCACUAAUUGAUACAAAUCCAAAUAGUAGUUAUUCCGAACGACGAAAAAAAAAUAAUGAAGCUGCUAAACGUAGUCGUGAUGCACGACGUAUUAAAGAAGAUGAAAUUGCAAUACGAGCUACUUGGCUUGAACAAGAAAAUCUUAAACUUCGACUUGAAAAUGCACAAUUAAAACAAGAAAAUGUUCAACUUCGUUGUAAAAUUUAUAAUUCAAAUGAAUCUUAA